AUGGCAAAGUCAAAGCCACCAGUGACUCUGGCAGUCGGAACUGAGCAGCUGCUAGCGCUUGCAACCCGCCACGACCGGGCCGCUCAAGCCUUUACAGCUAAAGCUCACCGAAGCCACUCGAAUCCGCCAUUUAACUCAAACUCGACUUCUUUUCCUUUACCCCUAAAUCUGAAGGAAUUCCGUUAUGUCAUUGGGCGGCCCGGCUUUUUGUCGUUCCCUCGCUCAAACGGUUUGUGCGGGACCAAAGGUCGAAACGAUGCAGAGAUCCCCCGAAAAACAUAUGGUACCCCCCCAGCAACCAUGGAACUUCUAAAUGAUGGAGAAAGGGGUGAACUAUUAGAACGUGGAUCCUCUUCACCCUCAUUAACUUCUCCCCUCGGCCCCGUUGUGGACUUGGGGUACGCUGCUUACGUUGGCAAUUCAACCUCUCCAUCCGGCAUCGUCAACUCGACCGUCACAUUCUUUGGUGGGAUUCCAUAUGUCCAACCGCCCCUGGGGAACUUGAGAUUUCGCGCUCCUCAACGUCUUGAUGAAAGUGUAAAGUCAAAUCGGACUGUUGUGAGUGCUCAGUCCUGGGGCCCAACUUGCGUGCAACAGCCUGCUGUGGAGGGCGUUGGGGUAGAAGAUUGCCUAAGUCUGAACAUUUGGAAGCCGUCAUCUGCCAAGCCGGGAGACAAAUUGCCAGUAGUGGUUUACAUUCAUGGAGGAGGGUUCUUCUUUGGAAGUUCACCGCAAUUUCCCAUGUAUGACUGGGUGGCACAAAGUCAGAAAGUCAUCGCCGUCUCUAUGAACUAUCGUCUUCAUUUGUUCGGAUUCUUGGACGGGACUGCUGUAAGAGCGGAUGGUGCUCCAAAUGCCGGAUUGCUGGAUCAAAGAGCCGCGAUUGAAUGGGUUGGACGACAUAUUUCCAAAUUUGGAGGAAAUCCAUCUCAAAUAACUAUCUCAGGCGAAUCUGCUGGAGGAGCAGCCGUCUUACUUCAGGCCACCGCUUAUGGUGGAGUCCGGAAUCCGCCUUUCCAGCGGGCAAUUGCACAGUCAAUUGGUCUUUUCCCUUUCCCAUUGGAUUCGGAGAUAGAAGGCGUCUUUAGGGCCGAAGCAAUGACCUGCUUGCGAGCUGCACCAUUGUCCACCCUCAUCAAAUCCAUCAACAACGUUCGAACAAACUAUUUGGCUCCCACCAUCGAUGGUCCGAGCGGGUUUAUCCCCGACCUUCCUUCAAGGUUAAUCACCCAGAAAAAGUUUAGUCGUGGACUCGACGUCAUCGCUGGUCAUGUUAGCAAUGACGGUCAAAAUUGGGCCGGAAAUCCCGCCAACUUGAAUAGCGAUGCUGACAUAGUAACGACCAUCCUCAAGAGGUAUCGACACAUGACCAAUGCAACACUCACCAAAGUAUUGGAACUUUAUCCUUCCCCGAACACACCUGGAUCCCCCUUCACCACACAAUACGAAAGGAUGGAUCAGUGGUGGGCGAAUGCCACCUUAGCUUUAGGCGGUCGAGAUGUUUAUUCGUAUAGAUUCAACGUCCCAAAUCCCAUUACGCGAGCUGCUAAUCCAUAUAUGGGAGCAAUGCAUGCCUCAGACCUUGUUCCCGACAGUGGUACAGUUCCCUUUUUCGCUCCUUUCAACGUCACCGAGAUCCCUGUUGCGAAAGAGAUCAUCGGAUAUUGGACGUCCUUUACUCGCACUGGUAAUCCCUCCAGCUAUAAGCAAAAGUAUUCGCCUACUUGGCCAAACUUUAUGGGAGCUAGGAGGGUGGUGAUCAGCGAAGACUUGAAUGCGAAUGGGACUGACACUGCAAGUGUGGUGGAAACGGUUCCCGUGGGAGAGUCAGCUCGCUGCAAAUGGUGGAUGACUAGUCAGAAUGACACCAGGGUUUAG